AUGGACCAAGGUCACACCGCUAAGAGUGCAAAUGCUCCGCCCCCGGCUCCUGCUGGCGCCGUUGCUGAUGUUGCUGCUCCCCAGCUUCCCCCGGCUCCCCGUGCUGUUGUUGCGACGUCAGCGCUUCCGCUUCCGCUGUCGCCGGCCCCCCCACCGAGCCUCCCGCAUGUUGAUCACGAGUCUGGCGCGCCAGUUCACGAUGCGCAGCCGUCGCCUGGGGCGCAGCCGCCCGCCCAAGCUGUCGCUGGGAACCCAGCGCUGGCGACAACGGUGGGCGCCGGCCCCGAUUCUGCCCAGUUUGUUGCCCCUUCGGCUGCGCCGGUGAAUCCCGUCGCGCAGCGGCCCGCGGGGUCUCAGAUACGCGCUGUCGCGGGGGGCAAUGCGGCAGCGCAUCGGGGGCGAGGUUCUCCUCGGCGACGCCCCUCCUCGUCAUACCGUUCAGCGCACCGCGGAGGCCGCGGGGGCUGGAUCCGGCCGCGCCCCUUGCCGCACCUGCUCCGCCCGCCUCUGCCUACCCGCGGGCUCCUGUUCCUGGCGGGGACCGUGCUCCGCCUGCCUACGUUCGUCCUGUGGCUGCCUCGCAGUAUCCGCCCCUGCCCUGGAUUCCCCCUCUUCCGGACACGGGAUUUGUGGGAGCGGGAGGCGGAGCGGCGAGGGGACCCUUCGUUCCGCCUCGCCGUGGUGUUGAUGCUCCAUCCGUGCAGCCCCCACCCCCUCUUCCUGUCCCGCCUGCCGCGUUGA